AUCCGUUCCGCAAGGCCGCUGCUGGUAUUGCUGCCGGAGGAGCGAGUGAGCUGGAGAGUAGAAGAGUGGGAGUGUGAGAUCGAUCGAGCCGUGCGAGCUUCUUCCCUUGCUGGGUUGCUGUGUUGUGGCCAUGGCGGCAGCAGCGGCGCCGUACGAGCAGGUGAUGCAGGACAUGCGCAAGGGGCGGGAGCUCGCCGCGCGGCUGCAGGGGCUGCUCCGGGACUCGCCCGAGGCCGGCCGCCUCGUCGACCAGAUCCUCAACGCCAUGUCCCGCACCAUCGAGACGGCCAAGGCGGCCGCCGCCGCCGAGGAGGGCUCCGAGGGGCAGAGCGAGGUCACCUGCGCCGGCAGCGCCGGCGGCGGCGGCAAGAGGAAGGCCGCCGGAGGAGGGGACAAGAGGAGCACCUGCCGGAGAAGAGCCCAGAACUCGUCCACUGUCACGGUGACCAUCAAGGAUAUUGAGGAUGGGCACGCCUGGCGCAAGUACGGGCAGAAGGAGAUACAAAACUCCAAGCACCCAAAGGCCUACUUCCGGUGCACGCACAAGUACGACCAGCAGUGCGCGGCGCAGCGGCAGGUGCAGCGCUGCGACGACGACCCGGACGCCUUCAGGGUCACCUACAUCGGCGUGCACACCUGCCGGGACCCCGCCUCCGUCGCGCCGGUCGUGCUCCACUCGGCCGGCAUCGCCGACGAGCUCCACGCCGGCUCCCACCUCAUCAGCUUCGCGCCCAACGCCAGCGCCACGACCUCCGGGAACACCAGCCAGCAGACCGACCAGAAGGACGCCGCGCUGCUGGCGGGCCUCCGGCCGCUGAAGCUGGAGGCCGUCGGCGGCUCCGGCGAGCAGGAGGAGGUGCUGAGCAGCCUCACCCCCGCGGGGAGCUCGGCGGUCGCCGAGGCCAUGCGGAACGCCGCCGCGACGCCUGGGCCGGACCAGGGGGACGUCACCUCCGGCCUGCAGCACUGUUACGGUGACGGCUUCGCCGACAUGGCGCCCUUCAAUUACGACGACGAUGGCACGUUCGACCUCGACGACCUUGUUGUGUUCGGAUUCGAUCAAGGGCAAGCUGAUUAUUGACCGAUCGAUCGAGCUGUGGAUCGGAGAAGACGAUGGAAGACCCCUUGAUCAGUCGGCGCGUACGCAAGGGAAUAAUGGCUGCGUGGAUCUUUGAUCGUAUUUAGCUGCAAUGCCUAGUUUAAUUUGUGCAUACUUGCUGGUGUAUACUCUUAAGAAUUAGCUGCAGUUUUACUUGUUGCAGGUCGAGUAGAUUAUGUUAAUUAGCUACGACCUACUUGGAGCAGAGGCUUAAUUUGGUUGCUUCAGCUGUCAGCGUCACUUCAACAAUGUUAAUUUAUGUGUCUGAACGCGCUCCA